UAGUAGUAUGGCUAGGACCGGAGGCUACGAUGCUUGCUUUGUUGAGUCUCUUAGUGAGCAGCACACGUGUCCAAUUUGCUAUCUAGCGCUUCGAAAUCCCAAGAUGACCGACUGCGGGCACCAAUUCUGCGAAACGUGUCUACCAAGUCCCACUAGCGGCAAAGUCCGCUCGGUCCGCUGCCCCACCUGUCGAUGUUGGCUCGAACCAGACAAGAUUUAUCCAAACAACAUGGUGAAACGCGAAAUUCUAGGACUGAAGAUACUCUGCGACGAGCACGAAGCCGGAUGUCAGUGGAAAGGCCAGCUGAAAGAUCGAGAAGAACACAUGGCCGAGUGUGUCUACAUUACAGAGCUGUGUGACAAUAAAUGCGGCAGGGCAGUGAUGAGAAGAGACAUGAAGAAACAUAAGCGGAAUGGAUGCCCCAAAAGACGUGCUAACUGCUUAUACUGUGACGCAGGAAUGCAGUAUGAAUGCCUAGAGGGUCAUCUUGAUGUCUGUCAUGCUUUUCCAGUACCCUGUGUUUAUCAUUGCGGAGAAACAGUGGCUAGAGGUAAAAUGGCCGUGCACACUGGAAAACAGGGUUCAUGCACUGAGAGUUGCUUGCAGUGUGAAUUUGAGCACAUGGGCUGCAGUUUCAAUGGAAACAGGAAAGAGCUGGAAUUACAUCUCACACAAGCUGCUGUCUCUCACCUCACAAUGAUGGCAAGUUCGUUUCAAUCGAGGUUGGAAAUUGCUGAGAAAAAGGCAGUUGAAGCUGAAGAGAAGCUGACCAAAUGUGAGCAAGAACGUGUAGCUAGAGAGCAAGAAAUGCAAGCAAGGCUUAGAGCAAUGGAAGGGAGGCUAGCUAGUUACAGUAGUAGCAUGGGUCUAUACUCUUCUAGAAGUGGUAAACCUAUGUAUAUGAAAUAGUACAUAAGAUUUCUGUCUGUUACUAAACGUUGGCAAAGAACUAUUUAUAAGCUUAUCCAGAAUAUACUUCAAAUAUCAAGAUAGCUGCUUGGUACUGCCUUCUAAACUGUUUGUUGCUAGCAAAUAUAUUAUGUCCAGUG